ACGCACCUGCUAUGUUUGAUUACAUGUUCAACUGUGGGAAAGGUGAAGUUUAUGUACUUUUACAAUUACUGGAGGCAUAUUGUGUUCUUUUGAGUUAAUUGUUGAAUGAAUACAGUGAGGAUGAAUGUUUCCCUUGAGACAAAACUCAACCAGCAGUUCACACGCGGAUAUAAAAGCUGUGCUGGUUCAACUCAAUUACCUGACGGCUCAUCCCCAAGUGACUUCACCUGUGACCUGAAUAAAAACCAUGACUUCAGCCACCUCCCACAGGAGGUCCCUCUCAAACAGCUUGUGUCUGGUAGCCCAAAUGUAUCCGACCAAAGCUUGUCCGAUCUCAAACAGACAGACAAAGAUGGCCCCAUGCAGGACAAACCUGCUUAUGCUGUGUCUAUCACCUUUGCCAUUGGAGUGACAAUUGCUCUGAUCCUGCAUAUUUACAUGAUGGGGAUUCUGGCCAUUGUGAAAGGCGUGUCGGCGUCAGAUCACGAGCGCUGUACUGCACUCAGCCAGAGAGUCCUUCAUGAUGGUGGAUCCAGUGUGGAUGCAGCCAUUGCUGCUGCCCUGUGUUUGGGUGUUGUGCAUCCACAUGUGUCAGGUAUUGGUGGAGGUGGGGUGAUGAUGGUUCAUGACAUCCAGAAAAAUGUGACCAGGGUGAUACAUUUUCAGGGAACUGCGCCUAAAACACUUAAAGAGGAGAUGCUGCAAAAUGUUUCACAAUUAAAGGCAGGUUUGCAGGUGGGAGUGCCAGGUAUGCUCCGAGGGUUACAUCACGCUCACAGCCUGUAUGGGAGUUUAUCAUGGGAGGAUGUGGUCACCCGAGCUGCUGCUGUUGCCAAAGAAGGUUUCAAUGUGUCUGUCAGUCUCGCUGAGGCUAUAUUGAAGGUAAAAAGUGAGCGGCUGUCGCAGCGUUUCACGGACAUGUUCCUCCCGGGUGGCCAAGCUCUGCGUGCCGGAUCAUUUGUGAGGAUGCCAGGUCUGGCUGGAGUCAUGGAGGCCAGCCUGUGGAACUUCUAUGAGGGGAACUUCUCACAGGAGAUGGAGGAUGAGAUACGAGCUAAUGGAGGGGUCCUGAGCAGAGACGACAUCAGUAACUACAGUGUGCAAGUGGAGCAGCCAGUGGAAGGCCUGUACAAUGAAUUUAUUACUCAAGUUCCUCCUCCCCCGUCUGCUGGUGCAGUGUUGAUAUCAGCCCUCAAUCUUUUGGAAGGCUUCCAUCUCACUGAGAACAAUAACAAAGAAAAUCAAACAUACCAGCAGAUUGCAGAGGCUCUGAAAGCAGCUUUGGCUAUGGCCAGUGGUUUGGGUGAUCCUAAGUAUAACUCUUCAGUGACUGAGCUGCUCUCUGACAUGCUGAGUAAGAAUCAAACUGAAGCGCUGCAUCAGAGGGUCAAAUACUCCGCUGUGCGCCCCCUGCAGACAGAGCUGAUGGCCGGGCAAGUGGUGGUGAUGGGACCAGAUAACGUCAUGGUGACACUGGCCAGUUCCCUGAGCAGGCCAUUCGGGAGCAGAAUAGUAACAAGGUCUGGCGUCAUUCUCAACAGUCUCAUUCUUGACUUCUCCUGGCCAAACAAAACCCACGGACAACAAUUCACCCAGGAGAACAACAGAGUCCAGCCAGGCAAGAGGCCCCUAUCAUCGCUCCUGCCCACAAUAGUGGUGCCAGUGUGGAGUAAAUGCGGGAUCUAUGCAGCAAUAAGCACUUCAGGUGGACAACAGAGUUUGAGUGUGAUCACCCAGGUGUUGAUUGAUUUGAUGUCCCUCCAUGAAGAGAAAAACAAUAGCCUCUCCCUGAUGAGACUCCACCCCAAACUCCAGCCAAACAGACCUCAUGCUGACUCUGAAUUUCCAGAAGAGGGUGUGCAGUUUCUGGAUGAAAAAGGCCACAAAGUUCAAGGAGUGAAGAUGAAGUCUGCUUUCCAGGGGGUCAUGAGGAACAAAGAUACCAUUUUGGCCAUAACACUACCUCAACUAUCUGGUGGUUUAUUGUAGCUGAAUUGAUGUCAUGAACUUUCAUUAAUAUCUUCAAAGGGCAUUUUAUAAAGCGAUGGUAUCCAGACAAGCUUGUUCGACUGUAUGAUGUAAGUCUGAGGUUGUUGUUUGCCAGUGUUGGAUUGUCUUAAGUUAUUUGGAUCACCAGCCAACAGAGGGCACUCCUCCUACAGGUGCCUCUAUUAAAAUAAGACGAAAUUGCCUAAUCAUGUGAUGUCUGACCUUACCACACUUGAGCUCUGAUCUGAUAUUUCUUCAUGGCUUUUUAAAUAAAUGAUAACAGACAGGUUUAUGCGGGUUGAGGACACACAUGGUGACUGAGCAUAUGCAAGCUGAACAAAACGAGGGCUGUUGCGUAAAAGUCACUGAUGUGCUGUCAAGAUACUGUCAGACAGUCAUACCAGCUGAAUCACAAGGUAGGACAUGUCACAUGCGUUCAGUCUGUGUGCAAACAAACAUGUCACUCAAAAUUUUGCUCUCCAGCCAUUGGUUAGCCUACUUUGCUUGGUAUGUGUUGACCAUGUUUGGGGAGUAAUAUCAGGACAUGGUGACCUGUGAUAAUGGAGACGUGUUGUCUUCAUCAAAUCCUACUCAGAAAAAUAAAGCUGCAGUUGA